AUGACCGAAGACGAGAUGUUCAAGGUUCUCCGCAGUGGAAAGCGCAAAAGAAAGAUGUGGAAGCGCGUGGUGAACAAAGUGUGCUUCGUCGGAGAAGACUUCACGAGGAAACCGCCCAAAUUCGAGAGGUACAUUCGGCCCACGGGUCUUCGCUUCAAGAAGGCGCAUGUCACGCAUCCCGAGUUGAAAACCACCUUCCACUUGGACAUCGUUGGCGUGAAGAAGAAUCCCCAGUCUCACCUCUACACUUCCCUCGGCGUCAUCACAAAGGGAACGAUCAUCGAGGUCAACGUGAGCGAACUGGGCCUUGUCACUCAAACCGGCAAAGUCGUAUGGGCCAAAUAUGCCCAGGUUACCAACAACCCCGAACUGGAUGGCUGCAUCAACGCCGUGCUCCUCGUCUAG